AUGAGUGGUACGACUAGCAACCAUCACAAGACACUCUGAGACUCGCAUGUCCCCUUCAACUUUGCGGGCCACUUUCGCUGAAGACUGAUCAUGACUUUGUCUAUACUUCUCUAGCACAGAUUCUUCCGCUAAUCCUACUGGUGAUUUCAUGGCAUUUUCAACGCUUAGUUGAAUCAUACCAGCGUCUAUCGUGCCGAACUGCGAUUGACAACAUGAAAAUACACGUGUAGCAUAGCCUGAAUCCUCAACCUCUUCUUCUCUGCCUCAGCCUAACCUCAUCUAUCCACAGUCCCUAUAUUCCUACCCCCGCCUUUCCCUCUCACCCAUUCUGCCUGCCGCUCAGUCCAUCCUCGAUCCUCGUCAUUUUGCUUCAUCACACCACCAUGCCUAGUAGCUUGGAAAGCCGAUAUAUCAGACUUGAAGUCAUCAGCGGAAAAAAUCUUCAAGUCCCAUCCGAGCGCAUGCCCGCAGGCAUUUACAUAUCCACUAAUGUCGAUUCCCAUAGACGCUGGAAAUCGGCCAUCAGUGUCCUAUCAUCUGACCAGUCUGCAGCGUGGGGCGACACUGUGACUCUAUCAUCCCAUACCUCACCUGCAUUAUCAAUGGAGAUCUGGGCGUCAUAUGAGGCCGGUCGAAUGCUAGGCAGUGGAGAGGUCAUUGGGAAACUCCAAACGUCGUGGGACGAGCUACUCGAUCAUGGAGAUGAACCUUUCGUUUUGUCCUUCCCACCCGUUCGUGGUGUCCACCCUUCCCUCACGCUGAGGGCCACCAUUGCACAUGCUUGCGACGAUCAGGAGGGCGUGCUGUCUGAUUCCCUCGUAGACUGCAAGAUCGCUCGAGACACAGAUGCGGGCCACGCACAAUUUGCCGCAUACAUCGCGAGCAAGACGGUCUCUCACCUGAACGAUGCGGUGCAGCAUUUUCAGUUGGUUCUAGACCAGUGUCCCGUCAGCCAUCCCGACCACGCAGCAGCCCUCACCAACCUUGCGUAUGCACGCCUUCUGGGGUAUAUUCGCGACAAUUUUGAAGAUAUUGAUACCCCCACUUCGCUGUUCCGCGAAGUCCUUGUAUUGCGUCCGCGGCACCAUCUUGAUCAUCCGUUAUCUCUAUAUAAUCUCACUGAAGCGCUGAACUGGCGCCAUGACAAGAAAAGUACUGCUGCCGACAUCUGCGAAUCCGCCAAACUCUAUCAUGAGCUACUGCCUCUCUGUCCAGAGGGCACCUACCUUCGUAGCAUCGCGGCAGGGACAAAUGGUGUCGAUUAUGUGAUCAACAGAUGCAACAAACUUCCGAUAGACGCAUCUGAUGAAGGCAUCCACCUCCGACGAGUUGUCCUCGAGCUCUGUCCUCUGGGCCAUCAACACCGUCCUGGAACCCUCGACAAGCUUGCACAAGCAGUCGAAGCACGCUUUGAUCAGCACGGCACCAUCGAUGAUCUUGAAAUGAGCAUACAACUUGGUCGUGAAGCUAUGUCUCUAUGCCCCGAGGGACAUACUGACCGUGCUUACUACCUGAACAACUUGGCCUUCUCGCUCGGAUACCGCUUCAAUCACCAAGGCAAACCUAAUGACCUCAAUGAGACCGUCUCUUUGUACGAAGAAACGCUGCGCCUGUGCCCUGUUGGGCACCAAUAUCGUGAUACCUCAUUGGACAACCUAGGGGGCGCCCUCAUCAGCCGUUUCAACAAACGCGGCGACAUUGAUGACAUCACCCGAGCUAUCAGCCUCCAUCGCGAGGCACUGACAUUGUGCCCACCUGGGCAUCCACGUCGUGAUACCACGCUUAACAGCCUUGCCCUCGCGCUCAACACCAGAUACAAAAAACUGAAUGUCAUUGAGGAUCUUAACGAGGCCAUUGAUCAGUAUCGCGAAUCCCUUCGGUUACGGCGGCAUGACCAUCCACAACGCCAUAGAACUCUUCACAAUUUGAGCUCGGCACUCUGCUCUCUUUUCACGGAAACUCGGGAGAAUGAAGAUAUCGAGGAGGCGAUUAAUCUUUGCCGAGAGUCAUUGGCAGCUCUGUCUUCACUGCACCCGGACAGGUAUUUCAGCUACAUGUGGCUGCAGGAGGCUUAUUUGUCUCGUUACCGGAUUCUACGCGAUGCUGCUGAUUUGUCGCUUGCUAUAGAGAACUUUAGACUCGCAUCAAGACAUCCUACUCAAGGAUUUCCAGAACGCAUCAAGGAGGCUAUUGACUGGGCUCAUCAAGCAGAAGUCUAUCAACAUGAAUCUGCCCUCAAAGCAUACCAAAUGUACUUCGAGCUUUUCGAAAGCCACGUGAUGACGCGAUCGUCGAUCAUCUCACGGCGCGAGGCUGCAACCGCUUUUCUUGGUGCACAAUCACUCCCUGUAGAUGCGGCCUCAUGUGCCAUACGUCGUGACAAUCUACGACAGGCAGUUGAACUUGUGGAGCAGGGCCGUGGCCAGCAGUGGUCGCUGGCCUCUCGACUCAGGACUCCACUGGAAGACUUGACGUCUGCGAGUCCGGGACUAGCUGAAAAGCUCUUGGGGCUCAACAUGCGCCUAUCUCAUGCUCAGGGUUCUGCAGGCAGCGCUGACCCAACUGCGGCUGAUCGGGCUGCAACAGAAUAUAGAAUACUCACAAGGCAAUGGGACGCUGCAGUGACUGAAAUCCGUGAUCUUAAAGCAUUCUCGCGCUUCCUGCUCCCGCCUUCGUACGAAGACUUGCAAGCGGCAGCACGCCAGGGCCCUGUCAUCAUCUUCAUUGCCAGUCAAUAUUCGUGCAGCGCCAUCAUCGUUCCGACGUUGGGGGAGCCCCAUCAUGUACCCUUGCCGUCUGUCACCCUCACUGAUCUGAACAAUCUCAAGGAUCGCUUCGCCAGGGCCAUACGACACGCAUCCAUCAUGGGCCCAAAGUUGCCUCGGAACGAUCUAAUAGUCCUCUUGCGGACAGUAUGGGAAGAGAUCAUGCUACCCAUCGUAAACGUACUCGAACAUGUCCUUGAGCUAAAGCAUGGCUCUCGAAUCUGGCUAUGUCCAACUGCAGCUUUCACAUCUAUUCCUCUCCAUGCAGCUCACCCCUUUCAAACGAGGGCAGAUCGCUCUAAAGAGCCAUGCCUGGAGGAUCUCUACAUCUGCUCUUACACGCCGACACUUUCGGCUCUCGUUAGAUCUAGACAGAUGAUGAAGAAGCGCGUCACUUCGUCCUUUGUGACAAUCGGACAGGGUCAACCGGGCACGGGGAAAGGCAAGGCGCUCUUGGCUGUCGAUAGCGAGCUCGAGCUUGUCCAUAAGCUCGUCCCUGCGACGGCCAACGGUACCACUAUUUCUGGUGACGCAGCCACACGAGCAGGUGCACUCAAAGCUUUAGAAGAGAACACCUGGGUGCACCUCGCUUGCCAUGGCAAGCAGGACCCUGCGCAGCCUUACAAUUCCCACUUCGUCAUGAAAGACGAACAUCUGACGCUGCUCGAUAUCAUGGAGAAACAUGUCCCGCAUGCUGAGUUCGCAUUCUUGUCCGCUUGUCACACCGCCGUCGGCGAUAAGGAGACGCCCGACGAGGUGAUUCACCUCGCAGCUGGUCUCCAAUUUUCAGGGUUCAAGAGCGUCAUUGGCACGCUGUGGGAGGUCGAUGAUUUUGUCGCAAAGCACGUCGUCAAAGCAUUCUACGAGAAUUUGUUCGAUGGUUUAGAGGAGGGUGGUGUCAUGGACUGUACGAAGGCGGCCUGGGCACUCAACCGUGCUACGCACGCUGUGAAGACGAAAGUCCCGCUUGAGCAGAGGAUGGUUUUUAUUCAUAUCGGUGUGUAGUUCCUGCUGUAUUGCUUCAUCUGGUACGGUUUCACGUGUUCUUUGUAUCGCGUUCUUUUUCGUCCCCAAUGUACUUCAAGCUGUUGCUACUGACUUAGCCUGUUACAUUCGUCUAUCGCGUACUUACAUGCUAUCUUGUUUUGGCUUUCGUUUUUGUCUACUCUCGUUGCUCGAUGACUUCACGGUGUAUUCAAAUAUUAAUGUUCACGACUGUUGCGACUCGACCCGGACCUUCAAGCG